AUGAGGCCCGCCCUCGCAAGCACACUCAUCUUCUGCACGGCGGCAUCAACAGCUGCUGCCGCCGUGGUUUCUGCCCCGGCCAACGAACUUCGCAUCCCUACAUCGUACGAAUCCGCCGUUCUCGGCCGGCGCAUUCUCGCACUCACCCCGCUUGGCACCCUUUCCACAGUGUUUCCCGAGGACAAAAACAGCAAUGACGCCUCGGCACAAGAGAGACGCCCCCCCGGGCUCGGCGGGAUGCCGUACGGGCUGAUGGAAUACAUCGCCGAUUGCGAGACCGACGACGCCGGCAACCCCACCAUCUUGGCCAUCGCCAUCGGGACGACCUUCAAGAACGCCGCCGCGGGAAGCAACGUGAGCCUGGCCGUGCAAUGGGCACCGCCGCACCCGCCUGCGAAACGGAUCAAGAGCGGACGAAAGAGCUGGUUUUCCUUCCUGGACCUGUUCGGCGCCGCCGAAGACGCACACUAUCACCAUCAUCAUUACCACGAUAUCCCCCUUCCCUACUCGGCCGCCAACCUCCCGCGCUUCUCGUUACUGGGACAUCUCGAGGCGAUCGAGGGCGGCGACGACCGCGACGGGGAGGUCGGCGCGGCGCUAGCGAGUUGCUACGUCAAGUCGCACCCCGACGCGCGGUAUUGGCUUCCGGGGAACCGGAUCCACGAGGCGCACUUUGUGCGCCUUGUUGUCGAGCAGGUCUACUGGGUGGGCGGGUUCGGCGACCGCGCAUUUAUCGGGUGGAUUCCUGUUGCCGAAUGGCAAAACGUUACGCGGGAGGAGUGGCAAAGGGCUCGCCUGCCGGGCGAGAAAAAAGGGUGGAAGGAGUGGUCUGCUCAGGGUGAUUUGUAG